CUAAGUGCUUUCUCUGCUCUCCUUAAAAAAAUAUAUCAACACGUUUCGCUGAUAACAAAGAUUGAUAAGAAGCACCAUAAGCGUCCACCGGGUUUAUAAAGCGCCACACUAUCUGCAGCUAAAUCAGUAACAAAUUCUCACUCAAUCACAAUGCAUUUCGGCGUUCUGGGAAGCGGCAUUAUCGGUCUUACAACCGCCUUGGAGUUGCAGCGGGAGUUUCCCUCAGCUCAGGUGUCUAUCGUAGCAGAUCGAUUUAAUGAAGACACAGUUUCUUAUGUGGCCGCUGGAAUUUUUCGCCCGGGCACAAGUUUCAUGGGUCCUACCCAAGAAAUUACGCAACAAUGGAUGAAGGAUGCAUUCAAUUAUUGGGACGAUUUGAGGCGUUCAAAUGAGGCCCCUUUGGCUGGAGUAAAUGAAUUAUCUGGCUAUAUUUUCUCCCGCACUACACCAGCUAUUGUUCGGAAUCACUUUAUCGAACAACUUCUGCCUGUUUAUCGUCGCGCCACUGAGGAUGAAUUAAAGCUGUGCCAGGGCGGAUGGAAAUAUGGUUCAUUCUUUACCACCUGCUUGACGGAGAGUCGUCUAUUUUUGCCCUAUGCCACCAAUAAGUUUCUUGAAAAUGGCGGCCAGGUUAUACGUCAGUAUAUAAGUAACUUUUUUGAUUUACCUCGAACUUUUGAUAUCGUUCUUAAUUGCACUGGUAUGGGUGCCAAGGAGCUGUGCAAUGAUCAGCAUUUGGUACCCAUUCGCGGUCAAGUUCUGAAAGUACGUGCCCCGUGGAUUAAAACUGCUUUCUAUGGCGACUACGAUACUUAUGUUCUGCCUGGUUUCGAGACAGUUACCCUUGGUGGUUGUCGCCAAUAUGAUAGUUACAACACAGAGUGGUGCAAAUACGACAGCAUGGCCAUCAGAGAGCGCUGCUACAAUCUCCUGCCCAGCCUAAAGAAAGCGGAAAUUGUUAGAGAAGCUGUCGGCCUACGACCACAUCGCUCAAUAGUCCGUGUUGAACCAGAAGUCCUAACCAAUGACGAAGGCAGACGCUUGAGAAUUGUUCAUAACUAUGGUCAUGGAGGCUAUGGGGUCACCACGGCACCUGGUACAGCCAAAUAUGCAUUGAAAAUUGUACGCGAAUUGUUGGCAGGGCAGAGUAAAUUGUAAAAGUGAAAGUUAUCUUAUAAGUUUUCAAAUCGCAUUUAGUGUUUCUUGAUAUUGCUUUGAUUUGGUCAAUAAAUCGUUUAUAAGUUUCACGAA